AUGGAAAUCUCUGGAGCCCACUUUCCAGCUCCUGGAAACUAUGGCAUGAUCCAAAACCACAAUAUCAAUGGAUUGUCGUCUUAUAUUUCUGUUAGUUCAACUUCCAUUUCUGAUGAUGGUGAUGAUCAGAACCAGAUACCUGGGUUCGUCAUCGAUGAGAGGAAGCAAAGGAGAAUGAUAUCGAACAGGGAGUCAGCGCGAAGGUCGCGGAUGAGGAAACAGAAGCAUCUUGAUGAACUUUGGUCCCUGGUGGUUCGUCUUCGUACAGAGAAUCAUAGUCUUAUGAAGAAGUUGAAUCAGUUGACAGAAUUCCAACAGCAGCUUCUUCAAGAGAAUGUCAAGCUCAAAGAAGAAGCCUCGGAUUUUCGUCGGAUGAUCGCUGACAUUCAAAUGUGCAGUCCUUACACAACUCCCUUGAGAGAUCUGGAGGAAGCCCCAUGAAAUACCUUUGAUUUCAUAGCUGAAUUCUCAAGCCAAUCUAACGAGUAGAGAAGUUCCCUUCCCCUGUUUCACUAAGAUCAUAGCUAUUUCCUCUCACAGUCCUUCCAGUUUAUGUCUGUCUUAGCAUGCUUGUAAUAAGCCUCUACCCAGUACUCAGCGUUAUAAAUUGAAGAAAUAACAAAAUUUAGCCAACAGACUUCCAAAAUCAGAUCAACAAACACCU